AUCGCGGCGCAGCUCUAUUAUGACACAGCGGUAUUCCGCGAAAUUGUUUCUUGGAGUUGAGGGAACUGUCUGUUGCUCACUGUAAAAUAGGACAAGUGGACGCCGGAGUGCAAGCACAGAGAACGGUGGAGCAUACGUCUCAAAAGCACAAUAGCUUAAAGGAGGGGAAAAGAGCACGACUAAAGAAGAAGUAAAGGAAAGGAGCACAACUGUUAUCUCUUUUGAGGCGGCGUUCAUUUGUCCGCCCAGCAUCCUACUGAAGAAAACGUUCCGUCUUUUCGAGACAGGGACUGUGAGGUCGGCACGUGUGGAUCAUUAGCCACGUUUCCAAGGAGGACUGCGGUCUAACUACGAGUCUUAUCCCCCUUUCCGGAUUGUUUUUCAGACUCCAUACAAACUGCACAGACUGUCUCCACUCCACCCAGAUCUGCUCCAGCCAUGUCGGAGGUUGAGGUCUCUGUGGACUGCGUCCCCACUUGUCCUCUGGAGAGGACAGAGGACGUGUUUAAAGACAGCCAAGAAAACGGCACUUUACUGAUGGUGGCGAUGAUUUUAUUGGACUUAAAGAAAUGCGGUCCAGACGCUAUCGGCGCAGGAGACAGCAGAUGUCUCGGCGGUGCCAUCGACGCGGGAAGGCAGGAGAAAGAGAAAGAGGAGCGGGGGAGCCGUCGGGUGUCCCCGGUUCUCAAAGAGCCCCGGAACAAGGCACCGAGGAGAACGGAGACCCCCGAGAAGAAGCACGGCUGCCCCUUUGCCGGCUGUGGGAAAAUGUACGGGAAGUCGUCCCACCUGAAAGCCCACCUCAGGGUCCACACCGGGGAACGUCCCUUCAAAUGCACCUGGCCAGACUGCAGUAAGAAGUUCUCCAGAUCGGACGAGCUUACACGCCACUACCGCACGCACACGGGCGAGAAGCGCUUCCACUGUCCGCUGUGUGAAAAGUGCUUCAUGAGGAGCGACCACCUGACCAAACACGCCCGGCGACACGCGGGCUUCCAUCCCAGCAUGCUGCAGGGCUCCAGCGUCUCCAAGAGACGGCGCUGCUCCACCUCCAUGUCCUCCUCCGACUCUGGGGACCAAAGCCCUGCAGGAAUCUGAAACACCUACUGUCCAUGAUUGGUUUAUAUAUAUAUAUUUAGAUAUAUAUAUAAUAGAGAGAGAGAGAAUGGUGUUUAUUAGUAGGCAACAUACCCUGCUGUACCUCCACGUGAAUCUCAGUCAGCCAGACAAAUAUUCAGGGACUUUCCUUUCACACGUGCAACACCAAGCUGAUUAUCAUUUAACUAGAGUUCGCUGACUCAUUCCCUGAGGUAAUUUAUAUUUAUUAAGGGUUGUUCAGGGUCUGACAGAGAAGACUAGUUAUUCUUUUUUUCUUUUUGCCUAGGUUCAUUUAUGGGUUUUCUGAAAGAAUGUCAAAUCAAAGUAAAGUUCAUUUACAUGAACAGUGUUGCUCUUAGAAACUCGCGCUCCAUUUAAAGAUGCAGUCAAACAUUGGCCACAGCAUCUUACAGUGGAUCGGAUCCGAGUUCUGAAGUUUUAGAAAUAUUCCUAUCGUUCAGUGUGAAGAAUGACACAAUUUCUUUUACAGUUACUUUUCCGUCGAACACAAUGUGAAUGCACUAUACAACAGUAUUACCAUGUAAAUAAAUUAAACAGGCAGGACAUAGAUUCAGAUUAGUGUAGUUUAUGAGAGUGUAAUAAGAAAAGUUAUAAUAUAGAGACGCAGAGCUUAGCUAUUUAAUUUCAUAUAUGUUUGGCUACAGACCUCAGCUGUGCUUCGAGCUGCUAAAACUGAAAUGUUUUUUAUGCAACAAUAAACUUGCAAAUACAUGCACACAAAAAUAAAUCUGAAUACAUUUACAAUACUUCACCAGUCUCAUGCGGUGGGAGGGGGAUCCGACUUCAACAUUUGUUGCAUUCAGACUUGAAUCUUGUUAGAGGUGCAGAAAAAUAUAACAGGGUAAGACCUUUUGUUAGCUGAAGUCAUUGUAAAAUAAAAAAUGUCGUUUGUUUUCAUUUUCCAGGCCGUGACGGCUUGUGUUCAGUGGAAGUGUGUGCCUUUGUAGCAGAGGAGAAUGUUGACGUCAUAAUCUCUGGGAAGGUUGGGGGAGAUGACCCCUUGAAUGGACUCGUUUCAUAUUCUUCAUGUUGCAUUUUCUCAGAAACACUUUACCGAUCAACAGAUCAGUGACUCUCUCCAAUACCAACUGUGCCAGUGGCUGUACAUUGAAAACUUUACCUUAUUUUGUGUGUAAACUGUGUUUUGUAAGCGACUCAUGUCAUGUUUUGGUCUUGUCUGAUAAUAUCACACCCCUUUCCCCCAUGUGGUGACAUGGAAGCACAACAUUUUCCAAAAUCCUCAAAAAUAUCAGUUUUGUUUUUUUUAUUGUUAUUGUUUGUCGUAGCACUUGUGAGGACUGCCUUCAUUACUACUUUGUUGAGAGCGAUUGUAUUCCAUCAUGUAGCAUGUGUUUCUUUUUGCUUGUCUGGUUAUCUUUUAUAAUAUUACUACUAACAAAGUGAGAGGUCUUAUUAAAUCACUACUUUCCUUAGCUUAAUUUUUAUAUUUGUUCCCACACAUUACAUAUGUUUGCUGAGUGAAUUCCUGUUUUUCUUUUGUCGCAUAACUGAUUAGAUGCUGGUGCCUUUCUGGUGGAAACCCUUUUUUCUGAUGCUACUGUAACCAGGAACUGUCCGUCCAAACCUCAUGCUAUUGCAAUACACACCACUGUGUAAUAAUUAAUCCUCAACUUUAUCAUUAAAAUAGCUUUUUAUUUCCUUUUAAA